UUAUUAAUUCUUUUGCGUGAAGGAUGUCCGAGACCAAAGGAAUAAACGUGACUAAAGUAAGGAUUAACGUGACUUCCUCUAACGCUGAAGCGACAGCUACCUGGAGAGAACGGAAGUUCUGAAAAACAAUGCACGAUGAGAGUUUAAAUGAUCAGAGACAGGAAAAAGUUGAUCAAUAAGUUUGUAAUCAAGUUAGCAGGGGGUCGCUCAUGUACCGUAAUGAAAGAGUCAAAAUCAGCUUCCUGCACCAUGUCUGAGUCGAGCCAAUCAAGGUGCUGUUUUCCUCAACGAUUCAAUCCUUGUCGUUUCUGGUCCUCGAUUUGCCGCUGGUACGUACAUCUUUUGGAACGCUUCUUUGGUUGGUUUGGGGCAGGAAUCGCCAAACAUCCACUGAUAACAAUCCAGAUAUGUCUUGUGGUCGUCAUUGUCUGUUCCGUGGGAUUUAUUUGGUUUCAAACGGAAAACAGAAGCGUAAAACUGUUUAUCCCCCAAACAAGCAAGGCCAUAGAUGACUUAGAAGCAGCCGAUAGAUACUUUCGUGUCAAUGUUCGAGAAGAAAUCGUCCUUUUGGUGGCAUCGCCUAGUCAUCCUAAUGCUCUAUCCCCUGAGUGUCUGAGACAAGCCUUUCAAGUACACAAAGCAGUCACUGAAUUGGAAUCUUACUCCGACCUCUGUGUCACUGUGUCGGGGAACCAAUCCAGAUCACCAGAAGACUGCGUUAUGAUCAACCCACUGGAAUUCCUGCAGUUCAACGAAACUUUAUUGAUUGAUAAAGACAUAAAACAGGUGCAACAUGAACUGAGCAGAGCGUACAAGGACACCAGCCUGAACAUGCGAAACGGUCGCCCUUUCUGGUUCAACUUUAACCGAAUGUUUGGUGAUGUAGCUCGAAAACAUGGAAGUAUAACUGGCGCCAAAGCAUUGCAAAUGGUGUAUCUGGUACGUGACCCCAGUGACGACGACAUGUACGAGAAAGUCCUUAAUUUGGAGAAGAGUUUCAUUGAUAAAAUUACCGCUUUGACAGAUAGUAGUCUUUCCUGUUACGAGGUCCACUUCUCAAGUGAAAGGAGCCUUGACGAUGCCAUUGCUGAAAGUACUGGGUCUGACGUCACUUUGGUGUCAAUCACUUUCAUGCUUAUGAUCUCCUUUGCUUGCACAAUGCUAGGAAAGUUCUUAAAUCCGUUGAACGGUCAUAAGUUGCUUGCUAACGCAGGAGUCUUUACGGUGGCCCUCGGUAUUUUGGCUGGACUCGGCCUUGGUAUGUGGUUCCGCGUUCCCUUUGUCAGUCUUGUUGGAGUGCUACCGUUCCUUGUUCUUGGAAUCGGCAUCGACGACAUGUUCAUUAUGGUGGACGAACUGGAUCGGCAACCACGUGACCUUUCAACGAUAGCAAAGAUCAAAGCGGUUAUGAAGCACUCGGGAUCAACUGUCACCAUGACAACUAUGACGGAUUUAGUAGCGUUUGUGGUCAGCACUUCAAGCUCAUUUCCAGCCAUCAAGUAUUUCUGCAUCUACGCCGCCUUGACAGUGACUUUAUCAUUCCUUUUAAUUAUCACAUGCUUUGUGGCAAUUAUGACCUAUGACGUAAGAAGAAUCAAAUCCGGUCGCCGAGACUGCCUCCCGUACUGCCAAGCGCCUAAAGCAAAGGAGGGAAAGCCAGCCUGGGACGAACCUAUUAAACAGACGUCAAACCGAGCAAUGGAGUAUUGGGCGAAGUUCUUGACGCUUCCAGUGACAAAAGUCAUCGUUCUUUUGUUUUCAUUUGCACUGCUUGCAGCCGGAAUAUAUGGGAUAUCUCGAGUGAACGAGAGUUUUGACCGAAGAAUCCUAGCGACGGAUAAAUCUUACCUAAGGCAGUUUUUGACCGCUCAAGAACGAUACUUUGAGAUGACCCCUGAAGUUAGUAUCGUGGAAACAGGCAGCGUUCAUUAUGAGAUGUACUCUACCCACGAACAUAUCAGAGCGCUUACAAACAUUGUCACAGAAAACAAAUAUUUUAAGAACCUAACAGUUUCAUGGAUGGACGCCUUUACUCAAUAUGCUAAACACUUUAAGAAAAACAUUACUGGUCCACAGUUUCUGCCCGAAUUAACAGCUUUUCUUCGCAUUCCUGAGUACUCUUACUUAAGCCAGGACUUGAAGUUUUCCGACGACGGUACAAUUAUAGAAGCAUCACGCAUCAUGAGUUAUAUGAAGGACUCUGGCAGCUCCACCUUUCAGAAGGACGCAAUGACUUCAAUUCGCAAGGACAUAACUGAAAAGUCCAAACUCGAUGCCUUUCCGAUCCGUCGAUCUUUUAUUUUUUAUGAACAGUACGCUAUCACGUCCAGGGAAACCGUAAGGAACUUAAUAAUCGCGGCCCUAGCAGUGUUGGUGGUCACAGGUCCUUUUCUGGUGGACUUCACCGUGACGCUCCUGGUGGUUCUUAACUUUGCCGCCCUGAUAUGCGAGUUGUUUGGUUUGAUGGUCAUAUGGGACGUGUCACUGAACUUUGUGUCAAUGAUUAACCUCGUUAUGGCCGUUGGAUUUGCAGUCGAUUAUAGCGCACAUGUCGCGCAUGCUUACACAACAUCAAACAAGGAAACAGCUGACAAGCGAGUAGUGGAGGCUCUGAGCACUAUCGGUGCGAGUGUUCUCAUGGGAGGAUUCAGUACUUUUCUUGGAAUGGUCUUACUUGGGUUUGCUUCUUCAGAGAUCUUCCGAAUAUUUUUCCGAAUGUUCCUCGGUAUUGUCGUACUUGGCCUUCUACACGGGUUGUGUAUCUUGCCCGUUCAUCUGUCUUUACUCUGCUGGAGACCAACUGUUGUCAGACCACCCGCGGUGAGGGACAUUGGUGUGGGAAUGGGAAGCAAAGUCCCUGAAACUGAAAGCGAUGGAGCAAAAGCUAGUGGAACAGUCUAGUACUAACCAUGAAAACCAUGCUAUCAACAGUGGAAUCUAAAACAUUCCGUUUGAUGAGGAUUUAGACAUUUCUGAAAUGACAGUGAUAAUAUCAUUAGUUUCUAGAUUGCAAAUAGAAAGGUUAUACCAUAAGGUUUAACGAAAUACGUUUAUUAUUUUCUUUGUGAAAGGAAGGUCUUUCGAUGAGCAUUUAAACAGUCGAGCUUCUGAUACAUGUCUCGUGGACUGAGUAGUGUCAUGGCCCUAACCAUUUAAAAAUCUUGCAUAUCUGUGUUGUCAUAAACUGGCAAACCUUCUAGUCGAUAGGACGCUUUGUUAGUAGAAAUUCUAAUGCACCAGGAAUAGAAUAGUUUUUGAUUCAGUUUUGGAAGUAAUCCAUAUUUGCAGUGGAUCAUUUGGUUUAGCUCUGCCAUUGACGAAGAAAAGUCGCACCACAGUCUCUAUGAGUGAAAAUAGACACUGGUUUUAGUAACUCGCGUUUUCCUACGCUCUUGGCUUGAAGGUGCAUGUCUGCACCUACAAUACGUUGAGUUCGCGGUGCUUCCAGCGAUUUUGCCUUUGUUCUUAUCGCUGCAAUUCCUAUCAGUUCUCCUUUUAAAGACACUCAAUCCAAGAUCGCUCUAUUAAGGCGCCAUGUUUACUGAUAUUGAUUUACUCUGUACGUUUUUGUAUCAUUGCACAAUCUUACUAACUUUUUAAGAAAGAAAAAGUUGUAAAACCUUACAUUACGUACAAACAUUACAAACACUUUUACACGUCUCUCGCUUCAUUUAGAAAGUUGGGCUGUUUCUGGUUUAUACUGAACUUUGUCAAUCAUUAGAAGAAAAACGGUCAAAUAAGAAUGAUGCGCUUGCUAAAGUUACCUAAAAAACCGCGAAGAGAAGGCAAGGAUUAAAGUUUUUUUUUUGUAUUCA